AUGAUCCGUUCCGGGAUCUCUAUGGUUGCACGACAAGUGCAAGUACGGAGCUUAACAUCUGGCAAAGAUCUACCCGUUCCUCGUCUGCAUGAUGCUAAACGAAAGGAUGUCGAAGACAUUUUGCAGCCAACUUUUCCGAAGGUUCCUGUGACGGUAACAGGUGACGAAGCUGCAGAAAUUGGUGGCAGGCCUGCAGAACAUACAGAGGAGCGUACUGUUCGCAUAUUCAGAGCAGCACGAGAAGCUACACAGGCUCCAUGGGGAAACACAAAGGCGUGGAGGAUCGAAUUCGAUAAUCGCCAACGUUGGGAGAAUCCGCUGAUGGGUUGGACCAGCUCAGGCGAUCCAUUGUCAAAUUUAUCUAUGAACCUGAAGUUUGCUAGCAAAGAAGAUGCUAUUGAGUUCUGUGAGAAGAAUAGGUGGCCGUACGAAAUAGAGAAGGAGCACGAGCGCAAAAUCCUGCCUAAAAAUUACGGAUCGAACUUUGCAUGGAGCAAGAAAACUCGUGUCAGCACUAAAUAG